GAUUAUGCAUGUGCAUAUGUGCAUGUGCAACCAUAAUCACGUGAGAUCAUUACCAUAGCAACAGCAAUCAAAUCUCAUUUUGAAAAGAUACAUAUCAUGGAAGAGAGGUACUCAUUCAUUACGGACUGGUAUGAUUCCUAUGCUUCAAUAAACCGCCAGUAUCAGUUGGUGUUCUUUCCUUCAGACUCCACUUGUGAAAUGAUCGACAUCAAACAAAAAAGACUCUUCCUGAGACGCUCUCCUUCUCCAGUCAAACUAGACGAGAUAUUUCUCGGGGCUGUCCUUAACAUUCUCUCACGUCAACUCAAAGUGGUUGAUUUUGCUGACGAUUUCACUCGCUCUAGACUUGAAACUCGUAAACAGAUCACGCUAGCACUGAUCAAACCUGAUUCAGCCAUUGCUCAUAUUGGGGAGAUUCUUAAUGCUAUCAUAUCUGAAGGAUUGACUAUAGCUAAGAUGCGUAUGCUUCGUCUAACACUUAAAGAAGCCGAGAGGUUCUACAGAAUGUCUUCCAGUCAGAUUCUCUUUAAUGAUGACAUACAGUACAUAUCCAGUGGCCCACUAGUUGCUAUAGAACUAGUAGGAGAGAAUGCUAUACAGCGUUGGGCUGAUAUUCUUGGUCCCAGCGACCCUGCUGAAGCAAGGCAGGUAUCUCCAUCAUCUCUUCGAGCUCGUUUUGGUACUGACCAAACUCAUAACGUGGGACAUGGGUCGAUUGGUUCAGAGGUCGCUGGUCGUGAGGUUGAGUUCUUCUUUAAAGAGGGUAGAGGGGAGAUAUUGGGCAGUCCUACUGCUGAAGGAUGCACAUUGUGUAUAAUUAAACCUGAUGCUCUGAAAGCUGGCCUCUCUGCUAAAAUAAUACAAGACAUACUAUCGGAAGGUCUUGAGAUUACAGGCCUGGGUCUUUAUAACGUAGAGAAAGCGAAUGCUGAGGAGUUCUACGAGGUAUACAAAGGAGUCCUUCAUGAGUAUCCUGACAUGGUGUCCUUGCUAACCUCAGGCCCCUCCAUAGCAAUAGCUCUAUCAGGGAGGAAUGCUCAGGCUCAGUUUAGACAACUCUGUGGGCCUCCUGAUCCUGAGAUUGCUAGACACUUACGACCGCACACUUUGAGAGCUAAAUAUGGUAAGAACAAACUGGAGAAUGGAGUUCACUGUACUGACCUACCUGAAGACGGACCACUGGAGGUAGAGUAUUUCUUUAAAAUACUUGAUAAUGGAAACAAUUAAAAGACUAUUUACUUAAUGUACAUGUACAUGGACACACAUCACGUGUAAGUUUAUAAAUAAUGAUUACUUUACUAAAGACAUCAUGCUACACUUUCA